CUCUCUCUCGUGUGUGGGCUCUUUAAAAGCAACACCCUCUCUACCCUCCCUCAUUGCCAGACCAGUCACCACACCGAGGUCGAUCGACCCACCUUUCUUUCUCUGCAAGACUGCACGCAGCCUCCGGUUUCCCGGACAAGGAAACCCAAGUUCAGACUUCAGAGUAGCCAUCGAUGGAGAUGACGGUUAAUGCGAGGGAUCAGGAGCAGCACGGUCUCGGGCUCGGGCUCAGCCUCAGCCUGAGCAUCGCCACCGCGCACCCUGUCGAACCGCCGCCGCAGCGAGCUAUCAGCGUCGCGCCCAUCUCCUCCCACCCCGCGCCGCCGAUGCCGCCGCAGCCGCAGUGGUGGAGCGGCGCCGGUCUCUUCUUCUCCCACUCCUCCGGGACGGAUCGAUCUUUGGAGAGGAAGCAGCAGCCGGCGGCGCUGGCGGCGUGCCACGGCCACGAGAUGCCGUUCCUGCGGGGUAUCGACGUGAACCGGGCGCCGGCCGGGGAGGCCCGGAGGGGCAGCUGCAGCGAGGACGAGGAGCCCGCCGCGUCCUCGCCCAACAGCACGCUGUCCAGCCUCAGCGGGAAGCGGGCCGCCGCGACGAGGAGCGGCGAGCUGGAGGGCGACCACACCCCGAGGGCCGGCGGCGGCAGCGACGACGAGGACUCUGGCGCCGGCGGCGGGUCGCGCAAGAAGCUCCGCCUGUCCAAGGACCAGGCCGCCGUCCUCGAGGAGAGCUUCAAGGAGCACAACACCCUCAACCCCAAGCAGAAGGCGGCGCUGGCGAAGCAGCUGAACCUGAAGCCGCGUCAGGUCGAGGUCUGGUUCCAGAACCGCAGGGCCAGGACGAAGCUGAAGCAGACGGAGGUGGACUGCGAGUUCCUGAAGCGCUGCUGCGAGACGCUGACGGAGGAGAACCGGCGGCUGCAGCGGGAGGUGGCGGAGCUGCGCGCGCUCAAGCUCAUCGCGCCGCACCAGUACGCGCGCAUGCCGCCGCCCACCACCCUCACCAUGUGCCCCUCCUGCGAGCGCCUCGCCACCGCCGACGAGGCUGCCCGCCCCGCGCCCACGGGGCCCUGGGGCCCCGUCCCCGUGCGGCCCGUGUUCGUCGACGGCCCGGCCCGGAGGUCAUGAUCAUCGACUCAGGCUCACGCAGACGCGCCCCCCCCCCCCCCCCCCCCCCCCCCCCGAACCCCAGCAUCGGUGGUUGUAGAAAAAAAAAUGUUGAUGGCUUGUUUGGUUUUGGUUAGCCACUGCUAGUAGUGCUACUAAUAUGGCAUGAGAUGUGCUUGCUAAUUACAGUACUAAUUAGGUUGGUUGGAUUUGUCUUUAUACCAGUAGUUUAGUUUUUUAGCUUUCGUCCUAUAAUCUUUGUUUUUUUGGCACUGUCUUAUUUGCUCAAAAUAGACAAUGUCUUGCUCUUCUUGUACUCACUAGUGAUUAGCGCGCGCCCAUGCGCGCGGGUUGUUGAUAUGUUGUAUAGUGCGUUAUCAAAAUAGUUUGUUCAAGUGAUGCUGCAGAAAACUUCUUUUAUUCAGCAAA